UGGUCUCGAACUCCUGACCUCAACUGAUCCACCUGCCUCGGCCUCCCAAAGUGCUGGGAUUAUAGGCUUGAGCCACCGUGCUCGGCCUGAAGCAUUUUAUGAUGCCCACUACAGGGUGUUCAUAAGUGGUAAAUAAGGUCAUUGGUCUAGAUAACUUAAGAUCCACUGCAACCUGGAGAUGAAGAACUUUAUAAAGAACUUUGUAAAGGGGAUAAUUAUUACCACCCAUCAGAGUUUAGAUUUAGUCCCACUGAUUAUAUUUCUCCUUUUAUAGACAGAGAAAUCAGUGAAAAAUAAAUAUAUAUUUGGAGGAUUAAAUCCCAAUCUAUAUCUCGAGGCUACAUUUAUGUCUAAUAGUUGUGAUAUAACAUGUUGCCUAGAAUAGUUCUAUAAAUGGAAUUCACACAUAGGACCACAGAAUCGCUUCUUCACAGGGUUUCAGAGUUGGAGGACAUAUAAAAGGACAAAUCAAGCCAUAAAUCUGUAAGUAAUCCUAAAAGAAGAGUGGUGUGUCAGUUAUUGGCACCAGUACAUGAUGAAUCCUGCUGGGUUGUGGAAAAAGGAGAAACUGACCUGAACAAAACCAUACUCUACACAGCUGUCCCUGACAUUCCACCACCUGUUAGCUUUCAGUAUUAAUUUCAUGGAUCAAAUCAAGGCAUGCAAGUGCAUUAAAUAAUUUUUUAAAAAAACAACUGCUGAUUGCUGAGGGUCUAUGAGGGAAGAAAAAUUAGGAGCUGUUAUUUUCCUAUCAACCAUUACCCGCAUUAACAAGAACAGGAAAUGUGAAUAAAUAAAACUCUUACAUCAUACCAGAAAUAAGAACAGCUGAAUCCCCUAAAGGAUUUUUAUAUUCUAUCAUCAGACAACUAAAGAAAAUAAUUCCAUAUAAAUGGCUGCAUUAAUCAUUGGAAGAAACUUUCCUGCUUUUUUAAAAGAGCAACUAGAAAUACUUUUUGAAAAUAGAGUAACCAUUUGUUAAACCAUAUAUACCAUUGAGGAUAUUUUGGGCAUAAAAGGGAAUUUCCACAAUAAUUCUAUAGUAAUCUUUUAUAGCCAAAGUUAUGAAGAAGAUCAGGAUUUGGGAAAAUUGCGGUCAAGAUUUGAUUUUCCUUUUCUGUUUGAUAGCCUUAUCUAAAUUCUCCUAGCUUGAAUGUAGUAAAUAUGAGUGUGUAAAAACGUAUGUAUAUCUAAUUCAUCUCUUGGGGGAGGUUUAAUGUAACUAUAAAUAAAAAUUCUUUCCCCAAGUAAAAAAAAUGUUACAUAGUGGUUAAUUCUACCUUUUCUCAUUUCUCUACGUCCAAAACUAUCACCAAGUACUGUUAAUUUUACUUUAUAAAGCUCUCUCGAUCGGUCUCUUCAGUUUCAUCACCACUGCUUUAAAUGAGGCAUACUUUCUCGUUUGGAUUAUGGCAGCAGUCUAGCAGUCUCUCUUCCUUUAGUCUCUUCUUCAAAUCCACGUCUGCCACCUCCGCCCUUCAUAUCAUCCAUCAUGUAUUUUUCCCUGCCUAAAUUCUUUGGUUGGCGUCUAUUAAAUCCAAGUUCCUUAAGCAUGGCAUACAGGGGCCAGCUUCUAUGAGCUGUUCCUUACUUCUCCUGUCUCAUUUCCUGACACUUUCCCUUAUACCUUGAGAUGCAGCUUACCAGUACCUCUACUGUAUAUACAACCACAUACAUAUACACCCUGAUCCCCUCCUUCAUGUACAGCCAUAUAUAAUUCUCUCCACCACAUCCUUUAUCACAUUCCUACAAGCCUUGAAGCAAUCUGAGCACAGAAACCAUCUUUAGUUUUCAACUCGUAAUUGGGGCUGAACAUACUUGUCUUGAACACAAAUUGCUGCUUUGUUAGUAUAGGUAUCCUAAUGUGGCACAUGUAUAUAGUUAAAGCUAUAAUGCAUUCCCCAAGUUCCCCUUCAGGACUAAAGGGUUAUUUCCCAACAUCUGGAAGUCUUGCUGCCAGAAAGCCUUCUUCAGGAAUUGCCUUGUCUCAACUCAAGACAACCCUAAAGGACAUUUCCCAGUUUCCUGUGGGGUCCACUGAGGCCUUGACAUUGUACCGAAGUACAGGUGUUUAUCACAAGAACAAUCUCUGAUAAAAUUCCUGUAAACACACUCUUAGAGUCAGCUUGCUGGGGAACCCAAGCUAUAAUAUGUUUGUCUUGUUGACACUUUCUUCUGAGUUCUAAAUCAUGGGAAGUUAUGGUUACCCAAAAUCUUACUAAUUGAAGAUCAUUUAAUCAGACUUGUAUUCAGCGUCUGCUCCAUGCCAGGCAUUGUGCCAGAUACAAUGGAAACGGAUCAAGACUUGGCCCCUGACCUGGAGUUUACAGUCUGAGGUGACAGUUACACAUGAAACUAACUGUACUAGAGCAUCUUGAGAAUCUUUUUGACUUAAACAUCAAUAAUUUUACUAUAAAAGUCAAAAGCAGGGACUUUGUGGUGUUAAAAAAACAAAAGGAAAAUAUUUCAGGGGAAGGAAGAUGAAUAUAAAUAAGUAGAAUGAAAUUUUAGAAGAGCACAGAAUUUGUCUUUGUAAUUCUGAAAGCCUUUAGGGAAAAGAUAAUUUCUACUUUUCAUUUUGAAAUAAUUUCAAACUUACAGAAAAGUCACAAGAAUACUGAACUUACAUAUACCUUUUAUUGCAAAUUCAUCAGUUUUUAACAUUUUCCCUCAUUCUUUUUCUUUACACACAUACAAUUUGUUUUUGUGAACCAUCUGAAAAUAGGUUAAAUACUACAUUAUAUCACUUUAUUCCUUAAUAAUGUACUUCCUAAAAACAAGGGUAUUCAUCUCUGUAACCACAAUGUAGUUAUCAAAGUCAGGAAAUUUGGCUUUAAUCUAGAGUCCAGAUUCAAAUUCUGUUCACCGUCCCAAAAAAGCUGAGUUUAGGAAGAGUCAUGUAACUUAACAUUUGUAAUGUAAAUUAAAAGUCGUAUGAAGUAAGCCAUAGAAGAUCUCGGAAGUUUGCUAACAUUAUUUAAAUACCACAGUGAAAUGAACCACUGCUGAUUUUCUACGGAGAAAGCAAGGAUUAGGCUCAUGUUACCUGUAAAGGUCUGACUUAUGGCUCCCCAAAAGGGAACCUUACUCUGGAGAGCCCAUUUGGUGAGGUUCUUUUCACAAGGGAUUGUAUAUUUUUGACCCAGGGAUUGUCGAUUUGUUGAGCUCCCAUGAAGUGUGCCGCCUUGUCAUUAACACGUCUUCACAAUGCUUAUCUCAAACGACAUUCUUUGGAACUGCCUUUCAUAGUGAGGCACCCCGCCAGCCAGGCCGGUAGGUAGGUAGAAUGGCGGCUUCGGGAACUAGAUCCUGCUGGUCUCCCCUAACACGUGGUCCUUGAUGCUCUAGCGGACUGGGCCGUGAACCUCAGCACACAGCGCUUUGCCAGGGCCGGGGACGCACGCCAGCCUGCCGGAGGUGUCUGGAGGACUUGGGCGGGGGCGCGGCUUCUGCUGCACCACUUCCUCUCCAGCCUCGCGGGCUUCUAGGACCCUAUGACAUAAUUUCCGGAGUGGUCUGUUGGGAGUUGUGGCGGCGGCGAGGCCCAAGCACAGCCGGCCAAGGGGGAGAAAAACCCAUGUCGUGUCCACCCCAAAGCUCGGCGCCUCUAGAAGCCAUGGCUUUUCCGCUGAAGCUAGAGCCAGACAUGCAGAGAAAAGUAGAUUUGUUUCGGGCCCGUAUCGCCCAGGAAGCCGAGGAUCUCGUGUCCACCUUCUUUCCUCAGAAGCUCUCAGAGUUGGAUAGCCAAGUUCAGGAGCUCCGGCUGCAAGACCUGCCCAGAAUCCAUUCAGUGCCAACCCCGGAGCCCCUGGACACCCCAGUCACCGUGGGGGAUGGGCCCAACCGGGAUCUGCCGCCUCUGCAGACCCAGUUCUCCAUCAAGGUCCCGGCACUGCCUGGCAGCGAGGGACAGCUUCUGCGGAGCAACCAGCAUCUGGUGGAGCUGAUUGAGCGGGUAAAACCUGAGAUCGAGCUGCUGAGAGAGAAAUGCAACACAGUGCGGAUGUGGGUGCAGCUGCUCAUCCCGAAGGUGGAGGACGGCAACAACUUCGGGGUGUCUAUCCAGGAAGACACUGUGGACCAGCUGUGGACCGUGGAGAGCACAGCGACCUCCUACCUACGCGGCUUCUCCACCUACUACAACACCCGGGCCAAGUUGGUAUCCAAAAUAGUGAAGUACCCGCAAGUGGAAGAUUAUCGCCGCACUGUAGCAGAGGUGGAUGAAAACGAGUAUCUGAGUGUGCGCCAGAUCCUGCUGCACCUACGAAACGAGUAUGCCACCUUGCAUGAUGUAAUCCUUAAAAACUUCGAGAAGAUCAAGACCCCUCGGAGCACCAACACUGAUAACCUAUACUGAUAGCCUUUCUUUACCCCACUUGCCUUCAGGAGUUGGCUGAGCUGUUUAGGCAGCUAGAAAGCUGAUUAUUAAUGACUGCACAGGUGGUGAAAUGACUGGAAACGUGCGUUAUUACUUAGAAUUUCAUACAGCUUACCCUCAUACUGAAUGAUCUUUUGGUGUAAUUUUCAUUUGAUUUUCCAUUUGUGGGGAGAAUGGGGACAAACCAUCAAGGAGAAAGGACUGCCAUUUUUAAAAGCAGCUUUGUAGAUGAAUGUUGGCCAAGGUUUCUUUAUUAUGGUGUUGGUGACAUUUAAUGGUUUCAGGGUUUACUUAAAAAACUAAAGCUUAAAAGAAAUUUAAAUGAAGCUUUUCCUAAAGUUCUGCUGUCUGUUAAACUUUGUUCAAACUUCAGAAUGCUCCUUUUACACCAUCAUUUUUCUUUUUUGCAAGGAAGGGAGUUUAAAGGGAUAUGUUUAGGUCAGUGUAUGCCUCCAGUUUAGCAGAUUGAAAUAAAACUGGUUAUAAAAUUUUAUGA